AUGCAAAUUUUCGUUAAAACUUUAACUGGUAAGACUAUCACUUUAGAAGUCGAAUCUUCUGACACCAUUGACAACGUUAAGUCUAAAAUCCAAGACAAAGAAGGUAUUCCACCAGACCAACAAAGAUUGAUUUUCGCUGGUAAACAAUUAGAAGACGGCAGAACCUUGUCUGACUACAACAUUCAAAAAGAAUCCACUUUACACUUGGUCUUGAGAUUGAGAGGUGGUAUGCAAAUUUUCGUUAAAACUUUAACUGGUAAGACUAUCACUUUAGAAGUCGAAUCUUCUGACACCAUUGACAACGUUAAGUCUAAAAUCCAAGACAAAGAAGGUAUUCCACCAGACCAACAAAGAUUGAUUUUCGCUGGUAAACAAUUAGAAGACGGCAGAACCUUGUCUGACUACAACAUCCAAAAGGAAUCCACUUUACACUUGGUUUUGAGAUUGAGAGGUGGUAUGCAAAUCUUUGUUAAAACUUUAACUGGUAAGACUAUCACCUUAGAAGUCGAAUCUUCUGACACCAUUGACAACGUUAAGUCUAAAAUCCAAGACAAAGAAGGUAUUCCACCAGACCAACAAAGAUUGAUUUUCGCUGGUAAACAAUUAGAAGACGGCAGAACCUUGUCUGACUACAACAUUCAAAAGGAAUCCACUUUACACUUGGUCUUGAGAUUGAGAGGUGGUAUGCAAAUUUUCGUUAAAACUUUAACUGGUAAAACCAUCACCUUAGAAGUCGAAUCUUCUGACACCAUCGAUAAUGUUAAAUCCAAGAUUCAAGACAAAGAAGGUAUUCCACCAGACCAACAAAGAUUGAUUUUCGCUGGUAAACAAUUAGAAGACGGCAGAACCUUGUCUGACUACAACAUCCAAAAGGAAUCCACUUUACACUUGGUUUUGAGAUUGAGAGGUGGUUUCUAA